UUUAGUAGAAAGGCUUUUAAGUGGUGAAACCUGCCAGGUUUGAUCCACACAACAUUUCAUGACAAGAAGCACACUGUGUCCUUACUGCUUGACUACAAAAUGAAGGCCUGCUUAGCCUUGUUUUUGGCGUGUGUAAUACUCUGUAAGACCUUUGCAAUCAAUUCGAUCGAUACCAUUCCAGACCUUUCGCCGGAUGUGACCGUACCAGUCACUACUAACACUGUGAGCCUUCAGAAUCCAAAUUGUUACUUUCAAAAUGCCGCACUGUGUCCUGACAAAACCCAAUGCUUUGUAUGGCUUGUGUCUUCACUUACCUCAGCAACAAGCACGUACGAUCAGAACAAACUAACUAAUGGUUUCUUCGCUCCAUAUACAAGUGCCUACACUUCUAUUGGAGCUGAUUACUCCACGACCCUGAUCAAUAGUCUGGAUAAAAUACCCUGCCCUGGCAUUUCUCCUUCCAAUUUUCUAGUUGGAGCAGGUGGUAAUUGUCAGACUUCUGAUUGCAAUGGCGUAUUGCCUACAGGAGCGAAUAUGAGCUUUAAGUAUAUUCUGGUCAGUAACACCAAAGGAAUUCUUGCAGAGACACAGUGGUCGUCCAACAUUGCUCUGAAAAACGUACAAAGUCCAGACAGUAUUGGUAAUAGUUAUGCUGGAAGGUCUGCUGCAAUGGUGGUGAUAACAACAAUUCUUUCCGUUGCUGUGGCUUUGCUUUUGCUGCUUCUACUUAUUGCCUUAAUUCUGGCCUGCUGCUGCCGCAGAGGGAAAACACAGACACAUGAAGUGAGGCGUCAACCUUCGCUGAUCGGAUCCCUCCGUAUUCCCAGUUAUGACGUGCACCACCUAAAGAAUCCUUCCCCCUAUGACAACCCUGCAUAUGAGCAAGACCUGAAUAAGAAGAGAUACACCACAAACUCCACCCUGCCCCAGAAAACCACCACGGUCAUCACUCACGUGCACUCCAGCGAUCCAGAUAACAUUACCCUGCAAAAAAUGUGAAAAAAAGUUUUGCUAAUUUUCACAGCAGUAAAUCUGACACUUUAGGAAAUAAUUCAAUCAAAUGCAAAUGUGGCUAAAAAUCAAAAAGGAGUCAAACUAGUUGGAUAAUUGUUAAAAUUCUCUUUAAUACUACUAUUACUUCUACCGCAAAUAUUAAUAAUAUUUCAGUUAUUAGUAAUAAUAAUCUUUAUUUAAAUAGCACAGUAUUUAUGUUCGUAAUGAAGCUCCAUACAUCAGUAUGUAAAAAUGUUUUUAAAAAUUGCUAAAUAGUCAAAUACGAUAAAAUAACUCAAAUUAGGUUUGGUUCAAACAAAUAUAUUUUGGUUUAGGUUUAGAAUUAUAACUUCUAGAAAUUCUAUAGAGCAACUUUGAUCAAAAAUUAUUAAAUGCGUUAACAAAUAAUUUUAAUAUGUUUAAUUGUCUGUUAGCCAUUGUACAAUUGUAAUUAACUCUUAAACUCUCAUAUAGAAUUUUUCAUAUAUUACCAAAUAGUAUAUUAUAGAAUCGGUAUUGGAUAAAUAAGCAGAUGUUGGUGGAAACAGUGUACAGUACAUAGCAGAAUAUAAGAUAAAGGGUUAUACAGUGGUAAUGAGAAAUUAUACUUAAGUUAAAAUAAAUUCAAAGUUGUACACAAUGGAACAUAUCCAGCCAAAAAAUGUGCAAAAAUGAAAGAAACAAAAAAGAUAUUUUUUUAAUAUUAAGAUUUUUCAAAAAUUGAAAAACUUUAAAUGUAUUAAAAGAAAAUUCAUAUUUUUAUCUGAUGAGAUUAAAUUAACAUUAUGCUUUUUGUUCAUUUUUUUUUUUUUUUUUGCUGUUUAAAUUUUUAAUAUUAACCAUUAUCUUCACAAUAACUUGCUGCCUAACCCUUUAUGCUAGCUAUAUAAUCAAUUACCUGGCAUUAGCAAAGAAAAACAAGCUAACUUAGUUAAAUAUAGACAGAAGUUAAUAUUGGCAAAUUAGCAAAACUUACUUCAACAUGCCUCUAAUUUUCAAAUUGAGAUUUUGCAUAGAAUUUACUGAGGUAAGGCUAGUGGCACCGAUCCUCAAGAUCCUCACUGCAAUCUAAUGGCUUAUUCAUACUUAACACUUAAAGUGUGGUAAUGAAAUACAAUCCUUUAAGACUUUUCACUAUUUAGUUUAUAAAACUUUGGGUGUGUUGUGUUUGGGGUGACUGGAAUGUAGAUUAGAUAAGAACAGAUAGGCAGAUAGACAAAUAGAUAGAUAGAUAGAUAGAUAGAUAGAUAGAUAGAUAGAUAGAUAGAUAGAUAGAUAGAUAGAUAGAUAGAUAGAUAGAUAGAUAGAUAGAUGUUCUUCCUAUACUGUCAUUGCCACUGCUUCAGUUAUUUUAAACACACUUACCUCUAAUGUACCAAUGUACAAUUUUAAAUGGCAUAAGUCCAAUAUAUCAAAUCUAUAAGAUAUAUGUAGUAAUGAAAUAUCAUUAAUAUUACAGAAAAGACAAAAAAACUCAAAUUCAUGCUGCACCGCUUUUAACUUUCAAGGCAAUAUGAAAUAAAAACAAAAUGUUUACGAAUCCAAA